UUGAAGGUACUGCAUCAUUCUGCUAGCCUCACAGAUAGAAUUUAAAGGUCUUUCGAGUGGGAGUAGAUCGUCAGCUGGACAAAGCUUUUUUGAAGAAUGACGUCGAGGUGCCCCAGAUGCACAAAAGAUGUGUUUUUUGCUGAGAAAGUGAGCUCACUGGGGAAGAACUGGCACCGGUUCUGCCUGAAAUGCAAACGCUGUAACAAAACCCUGUCGGCUGGCAACCACGCUGAGCAUGAUGGACUGCCCUACUGUCACAAACCAUGCUAUGGAACUCUCUUUGGACCCAAAGGUGUGAACAUCGGAGGGGCAGGCUCCUACAUCUACGAGACUCCUCAACCCACCUUCGACUGCCCCUCCGAGGGAUCCCCCACCACACCAUGGACCACCAUGCAGGUCACCUGGAACCAACCCAAAGUUCUUCCCCCUCCAACCAGGACAUUUGCUGGAGAGACCUCUCUCUGUCCUGGCUGUGAGAAAGUGGUCUAUUUCGCAGAGAAGGUGAUGUCCCUGGGUAGGAACUGGCACAGACCGUGCCUGCGCUGUGAGAGGUGUAAGAAGACACUGACCUCUGGUGGACAUGCUGAGCAUGAAGGGAUACCUUACUGCCACGUCCCUUGCUACGGAAUCCUGUAUGGACCAAAAGGAGUGAACAUCGGCAACGUGGGCUGUUACAUCUACGAGAAAGAAGGCAUGGCGCAAACUGAAAUACCCAGCCAGUCCUAGCCACACACUGAAAGUGAGAUGAAUGUAAAAGGCCAAUAGAAAACUCUGGUUAAAUGUCCUCGGUUUGGGGUUUCAGUUUGAUUUGGGUAAUUUCAGUGACUGAAUUGAUUGAAAUUACUGAAUUGAGUGACUGAAGUUGUUGUGAUGGAACUGACCACAGGUCAACAUGAGGUCAUGUUUCUUUAUUUGUUUUCAUGAUCACAGAAAUGAUAUCACAUGGAAAGGACAUUUACAAAAAACGUUCUGCAUUUUAUUCUAAUGUAUUAACGUAAUAAUGUUUAGGAAUAUUUAAAUCACGUUUGCAACCUAAAGUGAAAAAAGCAUUAUACCGGCACACUAAGUGUUUUUACAUAUAUAUAUAUAUAUAUAUUUAAUAUAUGCAUAUACAGUACCAGUCAGAAGUUUGGAUACACCAACUCAUUCAAAAAAAAAUCUAAAUUUUUUAACAUUUUCUACAUUGUAGAAUAAUAGUGAAGACAUCAAAACGAUGAAAUGACACAUAUGGAAUAUUGUUGCCGCUUUCCAUGUUGUCUGUUGUCUGUAGCUUGUGAGGUGUGGAAACACUUUGUUGCUUUUAUGAAUUUUGUCUUGCUGCUUUUUGUUCUAUGUUGCUCUGUCUGUAUGCUAUGUCUUGCUUGUCCUAUGUUGCUAUGUCUUGCUUGUUCUAUGGUGCUAUUGUCUAUAUUGUAAUUGUUUUUAAUAACCUGCCCAGGGACUGCGGUUGAAAAUUAGCCGGCUGGCUAAAACCGGCACUUUUACUGAAACGUUGAUUAAUGUGCACUGUCCCUGUAAAAAUAAAAUAAACUAAACUAAACUAAAACUAAAUAUUAAAUAAUGCAUAUGGAAUCAUGUAUUAACUACAAAAGUGUUAAACAAAUCAAAAUAUAUUUUAGAUUUUAGAUUCUUCAAAGUAGCCACCCUUUGUCUUGAUGACAGCUUUUCACACUCUUGGCAUUCUCUCAACCAGCUUCACCUGGAAUGCUUUUCCAACACUCUGCAGUGGCUGCUUUUCCUUCACUCUACGGUCCAACUCAUCCCAAACCAUCUCAAUUGGGUUGAGCUCGGGUGAUUGUGGAGGCCUGGUUACCUGAUGCAGCAUUUGAUUUGGGCUCAUCAAACCAAAGGACAGAUUUCCACCCGUGUAAUGUCCAUUGUUCGUGUUUCUUGGCCCAAGCAAGUCUCUUCUUAUAAUUGGUGUCCUUUAGUAGUGGUCUCUUUGCAGCAAUAUUACCAUGAAGGCCUGAUUCACGCAGUCUGUUGAGAUGUGUCUGUUACUUGAACUCUGUGAAGCAUUUAUUUGGACUGAAAUUUCUGAGGCUGUUAACUCUAAUGAACUUAUCCUCUGCAGCAGAGGCAACUCUGGGUCUUCCUUUCCUGUGGAGGUCCUCAUGAGAGCCAGUUUCAUCAUAGCGCUUGAUGGUUUUUGUGACUGCACUUGAAGAAACUUUCAAAGUUCUUGAAAUGUUCCGUAUUAACUGACCUUCAUGUCUUAAAGUAAUGAUGGACUGUUGUUUCUCUUUGCUUAUUUGAGCUGUUCUUGCCAUAAUAUUUGUAUUUAUUUAUUUUACUAGGCAAGUCAGUUAAGAACAAAUUCUUAUUUUCAAUGACGGCCUAGGAACAGUGGGUUAACUGCCUGUUCAGGGGCAGAACGACACCUUUGUACCUUAUCAGCUCAGGGUUUUGAACUUGCAACCUUUCGGUUACUAGUCCAAUGCUCUAACCACUAGGCUACCCUGCCGCCACCAAUAAUAAGAAGAGACUUGGUCUUUUGCCAAAUUGGGCUAUCUUCUGUAUACCAACCCUACCUUGUCACAACAUAACUGAUUGGCUCAAACACAUUAAGAAGGAAAGAAAUUCCUCAAUUAACUUUUAACAAGGCACACCUGUUAAUUGAAAUGCAUUCCAGGUGACUACCUCAUGAAGCUGGUUGAGAGAAUGCCUAGAGUGUGCAAAGCUGUAAUCAAGGCAAAGGGUAGCUACUUUGAAGAAUCUCAAGUAUAAAAUAUAUAUUGAUUUGUUUAACACUUUUGUAGUUACUACAUGAUUCCAUAUGCAUUAUUUAAUAGUUGUGAUGUCUUAACUACUAUUCUACAAUGUAGAAAAUAGUAUAAAUAAAGAAAAACCGUUGAAUGAGUAGGUGUGUCUUUUGACUGGUACUGUAUAAAAUGUGUAUACAACAAUAGGCUCAUAUUCAAUAUUAAAGAUUGAUUGCAUGCAUUUGCCAAUGGUUAUGGUGAAGAAUAAUGCACAAAGAGUUAUGAUACAUUAUCAAAGAUAAUCUUGUUCCUCAUUGAUAUGAAACAGAAAAGGAGUCUUUUCUAAAUAAGAUAAUGUAAUAUUGGAAUUAAGUGUAAAUUAUAAUUUGUAUGUGACGAAUAACACUUGAAUUAUGCUUCACA